AUGGCUACUUUAAAAGCCAGAAGCGAGAUGAACCUGCUCGGUGGAAUGGAGAGUGAAUCAAUGGCAAACAAUAAAAAAAAAAUAAAAAUAAAAAUCAGAAAGAACGCGGUUAACAAAUACUGCAACAUGAAAGUGACGAUUGACGACAAUCAAGGCGGGUAUGUUAAGUCUCCGGGUUAUCCUCUGUAUUAUCCUGGACAGUUCGCUUGUAACUGGACUUUCCAUACCGUUCCAGGUCACAGAGUUUCACUGGUCUUCCAUGACUUUAAUAUUCGCAGUCCUGAACCGAACGGAAGCUGCCUUGACAGCGUUAGGAUUCGUGAGAACGGUAGAAUUUUAUUUGACUCCUGCGGAACGAGAGCUGGAGUUAAAAUAAUCUCCCAUUCUAACAAGAUAACAGUCGAUCUCAUCUCUUCGUCACGUGUCUAUCCAGGAAGGGGAUUUUUGCUUCACUACGAAGCAAUAAGGAGUUGCCCGGAGACGACAGCCCCUAAAGGAAGCUACGUCACCAACGAUACCCUCGACUCUAGAACCUUCAAGUGCUUCUCGGGGACGAUAUUCCCGGAUACAAAGGAGCCCACAAGGACUCUUGACUGUCCUGAACCGAACGGAAGCUGCCUUGACAGCGUUAGGAUUCGUGAGAACGGUAGAAUUUUAUUUGACUCCUGCGGAACGAGAGCUGGAGUUAAAAUAAUCUCCCAUUCUAACAAGAUAACAGUCGAUCUCAUCUCUUCGUCACGUGUCUAUCCAGGAAGGGGAUUUUUGCUUCACUACGAAGCAAUAAGGAGUUGCCCGGAGACGACAGCCCCUAAAGGAAGCUACGUCACCAACGAUACCCUCGACUCUAGAACCUUCAAGUGCUUCUCGGGGACGAUAUUCCCGGAUACAAAGGAGCCCACAAGGACUCUUGACUCAUCGUCGGCGGCAAUUUUGAAAACGGAGUCGGACAGCAACCAUUUAUCGAGCCUAUCAGACAGCAAUAUCCAGUCAACGGGGGUGAGAAUCGGAAGAAUCGAGAACGCAGUCGCCGUUGGAAGUAAUUUUGAUAUGGCAGAUCCAGCGCAAUCAGCGAUGAGCAAGAAGGGGGACUUUGUCAUAGAUAUGGUGGUGCCGUCGAUCCUGAUUGUACUACUCUUUGUUGGCAACGCGGUUAUUGUUUAUAUCAUUUUUCAAUACCGAAAGAGGAAAACGCCGGCAAUCAACUCGGGAGAAGGAAUGGCUCUGAGACCAGCGCAAGAAGUUCCACAAGUCUGA